UACCUGGUAAUACAACAUGGCGGACUUCAAGUUCAACUUUUCGUCCGAAGACAGCGACGAAGAGAGAGAUGCUUCUCCGCCAGGGAGUCGUUUAGAGAUAUCGUGCGAAUCGUCAAUUGUACGCAAAGCAAAGGAAAUUCUAAUCCAAUCUAAUCUUUCUGCGUAUCUGCCAUCAGACGUGGAAGAAAUUCCCAUAAGCGGUGGCAACUUGUGCAUAAAACAUGUGAGCGAUUCGAACGUGGAAGAGAAUCUGAAAGACAGGCAGGACGUUUCUGGUCACGAUAUUCUAACAGCUGCUGAAAAUGGCACGGACUUGAUUCCUUUGGUGUACGAAGGAGGGCUCAAAAUAUGGGAAUGCAGUAUUGAUUUGGUGGAAUAUUUGUUGGAAAGUAGAAUGAACUUUCAUGGAAAGCUUGUAAUGGAAAUAGGGUGCGGUGCUGGGUUACCGGGAAUAUAUGCUCUUCUACAAGGGGCUGAAGUUCAUUUUCAAGACUACAACGACGACGUUAUCGAAUAUGUAACGAUUCCUAAUGUAUUGGCGAACCUUGCACAGCAACAGAAACAAUGCCAAUCAGAGACAUCAUCGUUUGACCUUCUGGAAACCGCGCGAAAAUGUUGUCGUUUCUUUUCUGGAGACUGGGGUAGUGUGGUAGAUUUUAUCAAUCCAGGACAAGUUAAAGAAAUGAUGUAUGAUGUAAUUCUAACUUCAGAAACAAUUUAUGCAGUGGAAUCCCACGUCAAGUUGUACAAUGUUAUCAAGAGACAUUUGAAGGAACCUAACGGUAUUGCCUACGUGGCGGCGAAAACACAUUACUUUGGUGUUGGUGGAGGGACAAGGAGUUUUGAGAAGCUGGUUAAAAUGGAUGGCGUGUUUGAUGUUUCAGUGCGUAAAGUGUAUACUGAUGGUGUACAGCGAGAAAUUUUAUGUAUGAAGUACCUGUGAACAUGGGAACAACCCAAUAGCAGGACUCUAAAAAAGAUGACAAUAAUAGAUAUAAAAAGACAAUAAAGAUGGUCUCUGUUUAUCCAUAGUUGUGCACAGGUAUCGCAAGUUAAAGAUGAUUUCCAGUCCCUACUGCGCACACUCGAGAGUUUGUUUACGAUCUUUGUUUUGUUUCAUGUAUGACAUCACAAAAUGCAAACAUUUCUCAACUACUUAAGUAAAUUCAGUUUCAUGUCUAGUCAAACACCAUUAUGGAUGCGAAGCUUUAUGCUUCAUUCUUUCUCAUAUCACUUGAUGAAACAACUUUGCAGCUGUAAAAAUCAAUGGAGCAGUUGAAAAAAGAAUUUGAAAGACCAUUAAGAGAAUCAGGUAUGUGGUUCAUAAUGAAAAACAUCGAUUUGCAUCCCAUCGAGUGAGAUUUUUUAUGUUUAUAAACAUUAGGAUGCUGAGACUGUACAGCACAGACUGGAAACCAUCUUUAACUGGGAAAAACAAACAAUAUGUGAGACAGCUAACGUUGUUCCCAGGCUCUCUCUUCUUUGCCUUCCAAAAGAGAGAGAGCCUGGGAAUGAGGCUGUGUGUCAAUGAGAGUUUGUACUGGAAUGUAACGAUUGAAAGCUUGAAAUAUAGGCAAAGGAAGAGCAAAAAUAGCUUGUGUGUUUUACAAGUGUUUCUGUGGCCUCCUUGGCCUCCUUGGCCUCCUUUGCAGCUAGUCAUUUUUUGGGCAGACUCUUGGCUUUUCAUGGACGAGCCAUAAGAAGGUCUGUGUAUGAGGCUACUGUUCCCUGGGGUUUUGGACAAUUUCACUGAAAGCGAUUACAGUGAGAUCUAAUUCACUUUUUUUCAAUCCUCAUAUCUGCUCAUUGACACGAACUUGGGUAAAACAGCCGAUAUGAAUUCUUUGUCGGCUGUCAUCUGACUACAGUUAUGACCCUGUUACGGUUAUGCCAAAAACAACGUUUUCCCUCCUGGCUCUUGAGAUUAAGGUGAUUCCUCAGAAAUAAAGUCCUCGAACGAUUUUUUUGAAACUUUCCCAGGAUGUUCCUUACCAAGCACUGUUUCGAAAAAUAUAUUAAAAAUGAUAGUUCACCAUGCUUGCAAA